AUGAGCAGAAAGUAUUUGCGUCUUGAUAAGUUUUCAAAUUAUUUCAAGGACCCAUUUUUAGUGUCUGGAUUCCAGAACUAUUUCGGUGUGUAUAGAAUUGAUUCUGCUACAAACGGCAGCGUGAAUGGAACUGCAAAUUCUUCAAUUAAGCAAAAUGAAAAAUCUAAAUCGAGACUAAAUAACAUAAUUACAAUCAAAUAUGCUUCGGACUGUGUGAAUUAUGGAUUGCAUCAAAGAAAAACAGUAUCUAGUGACUCUGAAAAUAGCAAAAGUAGCCCAUUUACUUCAGAUGGUGAAGAACAAUCGGACGUUGACUCGGAUUCUGAAAAUAGUGUGCAGUGUCGUAUUGACAGUAAAUUUUGGUAUUACUUCUUCAGUUUCGGAGCUGGUCUCGGGUAUGAAAUGUUUUAUGCAAGUUUUUUUCCUUUCUGGAUAUGGAACAUUGAUGGAGCUGUUUGUCGACGUGUAAUUAAUGUUUGGGUAUUAAUCAUGUACGUUGGCCAAGCAAUGAAGGAUAUAAUCUGUUGGCCUAGGCCAGCCGCACCACCAGUGAUACAUUUAGAACCUCAUUAUGUUGUAGAGUACGGUAUGCCAUCCACUCAUGCGAUGGUUGGUGCUGCCGUGCCCUUUUCAUUUUUAUAUUUCACUUAUAAUCGUUAUGAAUAUCCCUUCAUUGUUGGAUUACUAAUUGCUAGCUAUUGGUGUGGACUAGUUUGCUGUAGUCGUUUGUACAUGGGGAUGCAUACAGUUUUGGACAUUAUUGGAGGCCUUAUUUUGGUAGCUGUCUUGAUGACUAUAAUUCUGCCUUUCUCAGACAUGAUAGAUCAUUUUCAGUUGACUGACCCAUAUUCACCUCUUAUAACAAUAGCAGUGAUGCUUCUUUUACAAAUUAUAUAUCCUAAAACUGAAAGAUGGACUCCAGCCAGAGGAGAUACAGCUGUCAUCAUGGGGACAGGUACUGGAUUUGCUUUAGGAUCAUGGUUGAAUUACCGCUUGGGCGUUAUCAGAGGACCUGCCAUCCCUCCUCCUUACAACAUAUUGUGGCCAGGUUACCGAGUGUUUGGUUUGGCUCUUUUAAGAGCUAUUAUUGGUAUCUCGUGCAUUGUUGCUACUCGAGCGUUUUUUAACAGUGUGACUUAUGCAGUUCUUUGUUUUUUUAUGAAGGAAGAUCGAAGGGAUUUAAAAUCAAAGCGAAAACUUCUUGUUGAAAUUCCUUCCAAGUUCAUUACCUAUUGUGCUAUAGGUUUUGUAAUUACCUAUGUAUCUCCUUUUGUUUUUAGAUUAUUAUAUAUUGAACGUGAAACUAUGUUCACGGAAGUUUAA